CUGAUGUAAACAGACGGGACUCCCGAGCCUUUGUUGGCGGCUGCAUCGGUGCCGAGUGGCCGGCCGGGGAUGCGGCUGCAGCGGCCGUGCCGCUGACCGAGGAGUGCGCGUAGGGAGGGGGGUGGGGGAGCGGUGCUGAGGGCGGAAACCUGAAGCAGGGCUGCGGCGCAUCACUGGCAGCUUCCAAUGCAGAGGCAGGGACAGAUCCCGCGGACGUGUGAUCAGUGCACGGAAGAUAACCCGGCUGCUGGGUUAUAGAGAGGUUCUGCGCUCCACCAAACGUCGGAUUAGUUGGAAAGUGAUCAGUAGCCGAACAAGAUGAGCAGUGAGGCCACCCAGGAGGUGGUAUCUGUGCCCCCACCACCAACCUCCUCCCGAAAGGAGGGCUAUUUCGACCAGGUCUCCGAGAGUGACCCGGAAUACCUUCGGCUGAGGAACAUGGCCCCCACUCUGAGGCAGGACUUCAACUUGAUGGAGCAGAAGAAGAGGGUGACCAUGAUCCUACAAAGCCCGGCAUUUCGAGAUGAAUUGGAAUGUUUGAUCCAGGAGCAGAUGAAGAAAGGAAAUGACUCCAGCAACCUCUGGGCACUGCAGCAGAUUGUGGACUUUAUGUCAAGUACUCCAAUCGCCAUUCCCACCUCACCACCAGGAGUGACGAUGGUGGCACCAAUCAAUGACUUCCGAGCCAUGGAAUCGUUGGCCUUUGUCAAGGGAGAGAGACUAAUGCGGUGCAAGGUUGCCAGCAUUCAUCGGCUCUUAGACUUGUUUGGAUGGGCUCAGCUUGCUAACACUUACAUCACGCUCAGAGUUAGUAAGGAACAAGAUCAUUUCCUCAUCAUUCCCAGGGGAAUUUCCUAUGGAGAAGUCUCUGGCUCUAUCCUGGUGAAGGUCAACAUUCUGGGUGAAGUGGUUAAUCAGGGCAGCACUAAUUUCUCAGUGGAUUCUGCUGGGUUCAGCCUACACUCAGCCAUCUACUCUGCCCGGCCAGAUGUCCGCUGCAUAAUUCACUUACACACACCUGCUACUGCUGCGGUUUCAGCCAUGAAGUGCGGCAUUUUGCCUUUAUCCCAUGAAGCCUUGCUGGUUGGAGAUGUGGCUUAUUAUGAAUAUAAUGGAGGUCCUGAUACAGAGGGAGACAGAAUCCAACUACAGAAAUGCCUGGGACCUACCUGCAAGGUGCUGCUUUUAAGGAAUCAUGGUGUGGUAGCACUUGGUGAGACUGUGGAAGAGGCGUUCUAUAAAAUUUACCACCUUCAGUCAGCCUGUGAAAUACAGGUUUCGUCACUCUCCAGUGCCGGUGGAGUGGAUAACGUGAUCCUUUUGGACCGUGACAAGUAUAAACCUCAUGAACUUGGCUCCGUGGGCUGGGCAGGCAAUACCUUUGGACCAAUGCAGAAGAGCCGGAUUGGGGAGCACGAGUUUGAGGCGCUGAUGAGGAUGCUCGACAACUUGGGGUACAGAACUGGCUACGCGUACAGGCAUCCCAUCGUUCAGGAGAAGACGAGACACAAGAGCGAGGUGGAGAUCCCGGCCACUGUUACCGCGUUCACCUUCGACGAAGAUGUUCUCCCACACACCUCGCUCAGACACCACAGUCAGAAACAGCAGCAGGAGAAGAGCCGGUGGCUGAACUCUCCAAACACCUACCUGCGGGUUAACGCCAGCGAAGAGCCUCAAGGAGGUCCCAGUAGUCCUCGGGCCAAAACCGCGUGGUUGAAAGCUGACGAGGUGAAGAAAUCCAGCAGUGGCACUCCGAUCAAGAUUGAAACGCCCAACCAGUUUGUGCCUCUUUUUACAGACCCCCGGGAAGUGCUGGAAACCAGGAAUAAGAUCCGAGAGCAGAACCGGCAGGAUAUGAAGUCAGCGGGACCACAGUCACAGCUGCUCGCCGGAGUCAUCACAGAAAAGAGUCGCAGCCCGUCUGCAGAAGGAGUGCUGCCUUCAGAGGCUCAGGCUGCAACCGAACAGGAUCUGCAGGCACUGGAGCAGGAGCCUGAGCCCCCAAACCCUUUCAACGAGCUCACCGACCAGGAACUGGAGGAGUACAAGAGAGAGGUGGAACGGAAACAGCUCGGGCUGGAUGGUCCAGAUGAGGAGGACACCUCUGCAGGGAUUUCUCCUCUAAAGACCCCACUGACUUCCCCAACUAAAUCACCCACGUCUCCCAGGUCACCAGGAGAAACCAAGGUAUCCGAAGAUUCAAAGGCGCUGGAUGACACUGUGGCCCCUGAGGAGGUGUUUAAUGGGAAGGAGGAGGACCUCUCUGUGGAGGAGCAACUGAGCAAAGGCAUGCAACAAGUGACAACCAAUGUGGAGAAUGGUACCGAAGCCCCUGUUAAACAGGCCAAGGACAAAACCGAGUCUGUGACCAGCAGCCCUCUCUCACCCGAAGGCUCCCCUUCCAAGUCUCCAUCCAAGAAGAAGAAGAAAUUUCGUACCCCAUCUUUCCUGAAAAAAAGUAAAAAGAAAGAGAAAACAGAGUCCUGAAUUGGGAGAGGAGAGGGAAGUAAAUGUACACAACGACUUGUUUGAACAGGGAACUGUGGUAUAUACCAGCUGCGUCAAUUGAGUGCACCAAUUCUUGUCACGUUUGCACUAUUAACAGUGCAGAGUGGCAAAACACUAGCACCUACCUGAACACGGAGGGCCUGAAUUUCACUGCUCACUAGUUUUGCUCCACUUGUUUAACACAUUUUACAAUCUGUGUUAUUUUAAUGAAUCAGGUACCCAUUAAUUUUAAAUGGGUUAAUGGUUUAGUUAAAAUUUUGCAGAUGGAAAUGCAGUGCACUAGGAUUAGCACCCAGAUGAACUACAUUCAGCCUCGCCCUGCCCUGUCCCACACAGCAGACCUGGUGACGGGCUGGCUUUAAGUCCUCAACACGAGCUGUGCUGAGUAGACUAUAAGACCGUCGAGCAUGCAGUGCAAUUGUGCCCUGGGUGUAAUGGGUAGAGUGCUUAAACAGAUGCCUUAAGCUAACCCCUGGGCUACAAGGAGAGGCAGUGAGAAUGGGGAGUGUUUACCAUGUACGUUGGAGGCAGACGGAGAAACCACUGAAUCCUAAGUGUAAUCUUUAAUAUAACAGUGCAGUUAUUGGAGCUCAGCAGAAGGUAAGGAAGGGGUGACUUAGCAACAAAAUAUGCAGAAUAUCUUGAAAUUAGAAAGGAGGCAUAUUGCAGGAAAUUCAGAAAGGAUGGGACUAGAACAUACAGUAGGUGGAGUGAGCUAGUUAUUAAUUGUACCAACCAAACUGGCCCUGAAGGCUGCCUUGUUUCUGUGUUGUUUUCCCAGGAGGGACAUGGUUGGAUGCCUGUCAGGUGGAGUAUUUACAAUAUUUACUAUUUAUGUGAAGACCGUGCAAAGCCUGCUCUUUUGCCCAGUCUUUCUUUCUUUGAUUAGCAUAAGAUCUCUGUGGUUCAGACAGGGCUCAGGCCAGUUGGAGCUUUGCUUGAAUCCCUGGGAGUCCAACCUGAUUUGUCACUGCCUGGUGAGAUUUAUGCAAACUGUGCGGCGGUUUCAGGAGAGGGGACGUCCGUGCACCACCACUGCAGCCCGGCAGCGGUCAUCACCCCCUGCUGCAGCUCUUUCAUCCCCACUGGCAGCCCAUCCAAAAUGGCACUGCAGCUCCACCACAAAAAGUAUAGGCAAUACAGAUGUUUCAUCUUGGAAUUUCCAACCUCAGUUCUAUCUGAGACUCUAAAUGUCUCGGUCAGAUGAUGCUGUAAGUUCCAAGUGGAGGUAAGAAGAUACUUUAAGCUCUCUUUUCCCUUUUUCUCACUCUCUCUUUCUUGCUCCCUCUCUCUCUCACUCUCUUUCUCUUGCUCUGUUUCUCUCACACUGUUUCAGUCUCACUCUCUCUCCCCGCUCUCUCCCCUGCUCUCUCUCCCCUGCUCUCUCUCUCUCUCUCUCUCUCUCUCUCUCUCUCUCUCUCUCUCUCUCUCUCUCUCCCGCCCCCCCCCUC